UAGACACUCCCAUUUCAACCAUCACAAUGCUCAAUGACAACAACAUCAUGGUAUUUAUGUAGCCGUCUAGAAGAAGUUGGAAAAUUGGGGAAAUUGUACAAGCCAGCGUGUUAGACUUAGCGACAUGUCUGCCGAUUGGAAGACAUGGGUUCAUCUUAUUGCAGGCGGAGUUGGUGGAACCUGCGGUGCAAUACUGACAUGCCCUUUAGAGGUUUUAAAGACACGCCAGCAGUCUUCAUGCUGCCAUUUUUCACAAACGGUCAGCUAUGUCCCUUCACCAAUGUUCACCACACAACACAGGGCCAAAUACAGCACUUCUACCAGUAUGGCCGUGAUGGUGGAUUCCUCCAGUAAUGUACCCAAUAGACCCCGAUUGCAAAUUUUAGCUUGUCUCAGGCACAUAUAUAGGACAGAAGGUGGGAGAGCUCUGUUCAAGGGACUGGGACCUAACCUCCUGGGGGUGGCCCCGUCAAGGGCCAUCUAUUUCUUCUCCUAUGCCAAAUCCAAAAAGUAUUUCAACGCUGUCUGUGCACCAGAUACGUGGGUUGUCCACCUCAGCUCUGCAGCAGUGGCAGGUUUUACGGCUUGUACAUUAACAAACCCAAUAUGGCUAGUCAAGACCAGAUUACAGCUAGACCAGAAAAAAAAUGGCUCUCUCACCAUGCGGCAGUGCAUCUUAAAAAUUGGAAGGACACAAGGCAUUCCGGGCUUUUACAAGGGCAUCACUGCCUCCUACUACGGGAUAUCAGAGACAAUGAUCCACUUUGUGAUCUACGAAUACGUUAAACGAUACCUAGUCGAGUAUGGCGGGAGCACGCUGGCGGAAGACAGGACUUUCUCAGACUUCUUCAGGUUCAUGGCUGCCGGCGCGAUUUCCAAGACCAUUGCUUCCUGUAUUGCAUAUCCACACGAAGUUGCCAGGACGCGACUGAGAGAAGAAGGCAACAAGUAUAAAUCGUUCUUCCAGACGCUAGGCACGGUGCUACGUGAAGAGGGUCGGCGCGGUCUGUACCGCGGCCUCGGAACGCAACUCGUCCGCCAAAUUCCAAACACCGCCGUCAUGAUGUCAACGUAUGAGGCCACAGUGUACGUCUUGACGAAAUUCUGUGGCAACGGUUACCAUGACGACGAUGAUUAUGAUAAUGAUUGAAGGACGCAUGCGCGAAGGAAGGGGUGUGAAGUAAAAGGGGAGAGUAUGUUCGAAAUCCAUUUCAGUUUCCGGCGUUUGUCGAGAAUUGUCGAGAAAUUCUGCUGAGGAGAGGACAUGAAAUGGGUGCUGUUAGUUCAUCGAAGCAUUGCUGCUGAUGACCGUCUUGGAAAGUCUAUAAGGACGGAAGUCUCUACGCCUGUCAAUAAGAUUCAUAUAGAGUCGAUACGGUCAAUAAGGUUCAUAUAUAGAAUGGAUAUUGUCAAUAAGAUUCAUAUAGAGCCCAUACACGUGUUUUACAGCAUAUUGUUCUAUCAUUUAUUUUAUUUGGUUGUUUAUUUAUUUAUUUGGUUUAUUUUAUACAAGUAUGUUUAAAGUAAAAAAAAAGUUUUGUAUCUUUGAAAUGUGCUGGAAGUGACAGCGGUCAACAAAAAAACCUUCUUCCAUAUUUUUCUACUUAAAAUACGUAAGGCUGUGUUCAUGUUCUUGCAUAAUUGUGAUUAUUUAUUUUAAAGCAAAAUUUUACUGAAAGUUAUUUUUACUACGUUUUGUUUACAGAAAAUCUGUACAUUGUUUCACUUGCAGUGUUUUCUUGCCAAAAAUA